GGAGACACUUAGCUAACUCCAUGUACACAGAAAGCACUUUAUUAGCUUUUUGCGACCUGCCUAAAGAUGAGGGCUCUGGCUCAGACAUCAAAGUCUACAUGUACUACAACAAGACGGCAGAUCGUUGCUACCCAUUCCGCUUCACUGGAUCGGGUGGAAACGAGAACCGCUUUAUAGCUGAGAAGUACUGCAUGAGAAACUGCUCCCAAAGAGCAGAGGAACUGUAUCCUGUAGAUGAAACCAAAGCUUGCCACCUGCCUAAGACUCCGGGUGAAUGCUAUGGUACCUAUCUACGAUAUUACUAUGAUGCUGUCCAUGGAAAAUGUAAGGCAUUUUUCUGGACUGGCUGCAUAGGCAAUGGAAACCGUUUCAUGGAAUUGGAACGUUGCAAUGACACUUGUUUUGGAAUAAUAGAUGAAGGUAAUGGAGAUAUCAGGGAUGAAGAAGUGGAAUCAGACACACCAGUUGGUAUAAUUCUGGGAGUUACUUUAGGCAUUAUUGGAGCCAUUAUCCUCAUUGUUGUGCUUGUUCUGUCACUGAAGAAGAAGAAGCCAAGCAAAAGCAAAGCGAGCAAAGCAAAACAAGAGGCAAAAAAAGAUCCAAACACUCCUGGACCUGAAAUACCCCUUCAGACAGAAAACACUGAAAUGGCAUAA